UCUUAGCUUCGUAACAGCCUUGGCCUACUUCAAGGUGAAAGCAACUGCUGGUUAGUUUGAUGACAACGACCAACAUGGAUCAAACCACCAGUGUUGCGGCAUGUCUCACCAUAUCGAUUUUCUUUCUCACCAUCAAAAUGAUCAAAAGAAGAACUCUGCACCAAGAGGGACCUUCACUUCCACCAGCUGUGAGUGUUGUUUCACUGUCAGCAUAUCUGCCUACAUUUCUAUCCAAGGGCCUAUCUGCCGUGAUUCAAGACCUACACACAAAGAUGGGUAGUGUGUUCACAAUAAGUCUUUUUGGGCUGAAGAAGGUGACCUUCCUGGUAGGACCAGAGGUCACAGCCCAUUUCUUCCAAGGCUCAGAAUCAGAGAUCAGGCAGUCCGAUAUCUACAAAGUCACGGUGCCUGUUUUUGGCCGAGGGGUUUUGUAUGAUGUGGACUUGGCUACUAGGAGCAGGCAGAUUAGCUUUUGUCUCGAUUCGAUAAAGCCAAUGAACUUGAGAGGACACGUUGAUUCCAUGGUUAAGGAAGUGGAGGACUACUUCACAAAAUGGGAGCAGCAUGGUGUAGUUGACAUAAAGCAUGAGAUGGGGAACCUGAUCUUGCUGAUCGCAAAUCGAUGCUUGCUUGGAAAACAGUUCCGAGAGAAUAUGUUUGAAGAAGUAUCCACACUCGCCCAUGAUAUUUUUGAUAAUGGCUUCCACUUAAUCAGCCUCUUCUUCCCAUAUCUCCCUAUCCCACCACACCAUCGUCGUGACAAAGCUCGUGCUAAGCUGGGAGAGAUGAUCCAUGAGGUCGUGAGAUCACGUAGGAGUUCAGGCCAAGCUGAGAAUGAUGUGCUACAGAAAUUUGUAGACUCCAAAUACAUCAAUGGCCGCUCCAUGACUGAGAAUGAGAUCGCAGGGCUGCUCAUUUGUAUGAUGUUUGCAGCACAACACACGAGCUCCGCCACCAGUACCUGGACAGGAGCUUGUCUGCUCAGUCAUGGGGAAAGCUACUUGGCUGCUGCUAUCGAAGAGCAGAAACGGAUCAUGGAACGUCAUGGGGAACAUAUAGACUACACCAUCUUGCAAGAGAUGGGAACCUUGCAUUGCUGCAUCAAAGAGGCGCUGAGGUUGCACUCUCCAGCAAUUCUGCUGAUCCGCCAUGCAAGCAAGAGCUUCAGUGUGCAAACAAGAGAAGGCUAUAAAAUUGAUAUCCCUCAAGGACAUACCUUAGCGACCUGUACUACAGUUAGUAGCAAGCUACCAUACAUCUAUAAAGAUCCGGAUGUAUAUGAUCCAAGUAGGUUUGGUCCAGGGAGAGAGGAAGACAAAGUUGGUGGCAAGUUCUCUUAUACACCAUUUAGUGCUGGGAGGCACUUCUGCUUGGGAGAGGAUUUUGCUUAUACGCAAAUUAAGGUGAUAUGGAGCCAUUUGCUGAGGAACUUUGAGCUCGAAUUGAUCUCCCCUUUCCCGAAGGAGGAAUGGGACAAAUUCAUUCCAGGGCCUAAAGGUAAAGUGAUGGUUAGUUACAAGAGACGAAGACUCACGUGAUUAGCAUCUAUUGAAGAACUUGUAAGGGUGUGUACUAUGUGGUGGAUCAAGUAAAUUGUUAAGUGUGUAAUUUGAAGAGAGAAUAAAUGUAUCUGUGCUUGGGACUAUUUGGUAAAAUAUGUAUUUCAAAAGAUUAAGUGUGUAAUUUGAAGAGAGAAUAAUGAGUAUGUACGUCUGGGACUAUAGGUAAAAUAUGUAUUUCAAAAGAUUGUGUGUGAUUUGAAGGGAGAAUAAAGAGUGUGUACAUUUGGGACUAUAUGUUAAAUAUGUAUUUCA